ACUCGAGUCCAUGUUAGUGCACACAAAGUAAACUGCACGCUUUAGUUGUGAAGCAAAAACGCUGAAACCGGAGAAAUAAAACGUGCGAGGGGAACGAUAACGACGACAAGUCUCCCGAUCAUUUACUCUUGCUGACCUGUGAAUUGUUUGCUGUUUUCGCGAUCGCGUCGCGCAUGAGGAUAUCACCAGAAUGAAGAGGCGGCCCCUGACUCCAACUUUUGCUAGAGCCAAUAACAUGAAGGUGGACUUCUCCCAGUCAGACGUGCAAAAGCUGAUGGAGCAGGAGGUUCCUACUGCAACUGAAACUAAACUCCAGGGUUUAAUAGAAAGUAUUCAAAAGCUUGAAAAUGGAGUGAACUUUGAAAGGUCCAUUGAAAAACUUGAGGCUCGAGUUAAAAUAUUGUCCAAAAAAGCAGAAGCUGCUAUUGACUAUGUGACAGAGAUGCAAAAAAAGAAUGCAGUGCCCUCUCUGGUCAGAGCGAAUUCAGAAGAAAGUGACAUGGAAACUGUUUCACAGAAUGCAACGAAGAAUGGAGAACUCUUUCAGAUGAUGGAAAUCACAAGACAGACACUUAAGAAGAUGCGUGCAGACAGUAAAGCUUUGAUGGCUGCCAUGGCAGAUUUAAAUGAGGAGCGGCGUCCUCCAACUCCUACCAGCCCAUUGGAGUAUGAGGGACCCGUCGGGUUCAUAAAGAAGGAACCCGAAGUUAAGCAGGAAAAUGAAAACGGUGUUGAGGAGUUGAUGCAGUUUGAGAAUCCAAAGGGUCAAAGAGUGAAAGUAGACGGUAUUUUUCGUGACAAGACGAGACACACUGAUAGAGACGCAGAGCAGGAAACCACAAGAAGAGGAGUAAAGAGGACGCAUGAAGCUGCCACGACUGAUUCAAAUGAGGAGCGGCUGCCUCCAGUUCUGACUCCUCAACGGCCUUUUCAGCUUAAGCAUGAGUGCAUAGCUAAGCAAGAAAAAGAAAACAGUAAAGAAGAGUUUGAAGAGUUUGAAGAGUUUGAAGAGCCGAAGAGUCGAAAGGUGAAAGUAGAAUGUGUCUCUUCUGUCGCCACAAGGAGUCCCAGUCACACUGACUCAGAGCAGAACGGGCUCUCGUUACCGCCUCUUCCUUCUAGACCCUUCCCCUCCGUCCUGAACAUGGAAGCGGCCUCGUAUAGCAUCCCUCAGAAACUUGAAGUAAAUCUGGCCCUCAUCAGAAACCCCAGCGGCCUCUCUAUCCUCUGGAAAGUGAUGGAGCAAGACCCCUCUGCUCCACCCAUGGACAGUUACACGAUCUUCCUAACUAUGGAAAAGGUUAAGGGCAGUGGUGUUUUCCCAGACUGGAAUAUCCUCGGUGAGGUGAAGGCCUUGAAUUUGCCCAUGUGUGUGCUGGUCAGAAAGUACAAGCCUGGCCACAGGGUGUGUGCGGCUGUGGUGGGCAAAGAUGUAUUUGGCCGGUAUGGACCUUAUAGUGCAGUCGCUACUUCAGUCAUACCCGAGUAGUCGGGAAGAGGACAUGGAGCCGCCUAUUUGAAUCUCCAGCUACUCACUCUUGAGUUUGUGCUGGACAGCAUGGACAGUCCUUGUGCUGAUGUUGUUUCGGGGCCAGUGUUUUGUUCACGUAGUUUUUUAGUGUUUUCAACUACCAUAAACCUUGAUGGUCGCAUGAAGCUAAAGAAGCUGCACUUUGUAACUUGUUCCUUUCAUUAAUAAUUUCGGUUCAGAUGGAAAACGGUGAACUUUUAUAUUUCGAGCUCUUCUUUCUUUGUCUGCCUUCAGAUCGUUAAGGACAGUGUUGCAUAUCAGUGUUAAGGUCACUGUUAGUCAAUUAGUGUAUUACUUCAAAAUAUGUUACAGUUUACCUCUAAUAUGCGUCUCCAACACAAUGUUACAUUAUUAUUGUUGUUAUUAUUAAUGUUGUUAAUAAAACUUUAUUGUGCUCUUU